GUUACUUUUUCCCGACACUACCUUCCUCCUAACAUAUAGUCUAGAGAAGUAUAAGAGAGUGCCAGGCGAAAUGAAUGACGAAAAAGAAUUACAAUGUGAAUCUGUAUCGAAAUUAGAAAAACUAAUGGCAAAUCAAUGGGCAGAUAUUCAUAGACCAGGCCCUAUUAAUACCGAUAAACAAGAUAUGGGAAUGAAUAAACCGAGUCGUUCCGUAUUAAGGAUGUUUGAUCCAUUGCACGUAAGCCCUGAAAAAGAGGAACUAAAAGAAAUUUCCAAGUCAAUUGAAGAAUUACCAAAAAAUUAUGGAACAAUAAAAACUGAGGAAUGUGCCACCUCGUUAGCUUUCUUUGAUGAGGUUACGGAAAAGAUAGAGUAAUACAGCUUUUAAUUUUUAAUUUUAAAAAUGGAUUUUGUUCGUUAAUUUGUUCUCUUAUAAUAAUAAUAAUUUUUUUCGAUAGUAUUAGUAUUACAUUUUUAUAUGUUACUACUUACUUUAAAACUAUAUAUAUGUCCAUCCAUACGUAGUUAUAAAGUACAAUGUUAUUUAUAUUUUUAUUUUAUCUGAGUGACAUGUUAAAAAUUUAUGUAAUGAU